GGUUUUGAAAGCUCAGGGAAGAAGCAACAGAGAGAAAAUAAUAAUCCAGUGUGCCUGAAAAUGACAACAAAACGGAACUUGUUUGUGCGUUUGGUUCCAUGCCGUUGCUUGCGUGGAGAAGAAGAAACUGUGACUGCACUUGAUUACUCUCACUGCAGCCUUGAGCAGGUUCCUAAGGAAAUUUUUACUUUUGAAAAGACAUUGGAAGAACUGUAUUUAGAUGCUAAUCAAAUUGAAGAGCUUCCAAAGCAACUUUUUAAUUGUCAGUCUCUAUACAAGUUGAGUUUGCCGGACAAUGAUUUAACAACAUUGCCUGCAUCCAUAGCAAAUCUCAUUAACCUCAGGGAACUGGAUGUCAGCAAAAAUGGUAUACAGGAGUUUCCAGAAAAUAUCAAGAACUGUAAAGUUUUAGCAAUUGUUGAGGCCAGUGUAAAUCCUAUUUCAAAGCUUCCAGAUGGAUUUUCACAGUUGUUAAACCUAACACAAUUAUAUCUGAAUGAUGCUUUUCUGGAAUUUUUGCCAGCCAAUUUUGGCAGGUUAACUAAACUCCAGAUUUUAGAACUUAGAGAAAACCAGUUAAAAAUGUUGCCAAAAACCAUGAAUAGACUGACUCAGUUGGAGAGGCUAGAUCUGGGAAGUAAUGAAUUCACAGAAGUGCCUGAAGUACUUGAACAAUUAAGUGGGUUAAAAGAAUUUUGGAUGGAUGAUAACAAACUAACACUUGUUCCAGGGUUUAUGGGCAGCUUGAAGCACUUGACCUACUUGGAUAUUUCCAAAAACAAUAUUGAAACUCUUGAAGAAGGUGUUUCAGGAUGUGAAAGUUUACAAGAUCUGCUAUUAUCUAGUAAUUCACUUCAGCAGCUGCCAGAGUCCAUUGGUUGUCUAAAGAAAUUAACAGUUCUUAAAAUUGAUGAAAAUCAGUUAAUGUAUUUGCCAGAUUCCAUAGGAGGGUUAACUUCAAUUGAAGAACUGGACUGCAGCUUCAAUGAAAUUGAAACUUUGCCUUCAUCUGUUGGGCAGCUCUCUAAUAUAAGGACUUUUGCUGCAGAUCAUAAUUUUUUAACACAAUUGCCACCAGAGAUUGGAAACUGGAAAUAUGUAACUGUUUUGUUUCUUCAUUCUAAUAAACUGGAGGUUCUUCCAGAGGAAAUGGGUGAUAUGCAGAAAUUAAAAGUUAUAAAUUUAAGCGAUAAUAGAUUGAAGCAUUUGCCUUAUAGCAUUUUACAAUUGCAACAUUUGACUGCUUUGUGGUUAUCAGAUAAUCAGUCUAAACCUCUCAUUCCACUUCAAAAAGAAGUUGAUCCAGAAACACAGGAAACAGUUGUUACUAAUUAUAUGUUCCCACAACAACCAAGAUCUGAAGAUGUUAUGUUCAUAUCUGAUAACGAGAGCUUCAAUCCUUCACUGUGGGAGGAGCAAAGGAAACAGCGUGCUCAGGUGGCUUUUGAAUGUGAUGAAGAUAAAGAUGAAAGAGAGGCACCGCCUAGAGAGGGUAAUUUGAAGAGGUACCCAACACCAUACCCUGAUGAACUGAAGAAUAUGGUCAAAACUGUUCAAACAAUAGUACACAGAUUAAAAGAUGAAGAAAACACAGUUGAAACUAAUAAAGAAGCAAAGCAAGAAAGCCAGCAAGUUGCAGUAAAGGAUAUAGGAGUAAAGACUUCAGAAAUUACUCCAGUGAAAAACAAAAUGGAAAACGAGCAGAAUAUUAUGGGAAACUGUGUGCAGAAACUUAAUGAAUCAGAUGAUGAGAACAGUAUCAGAAACUCACAGGUGAACAAUCAAGUUAAAGUCACAGAAAAUGUGAAGCCAAUUGUUAACCAUGAAGAUACUCUGGAGGAAUCAGAAGAACUAUCUUCUGAUGAAGAAAUGAAAGUAGCAGAAAUGAGACCACCUCUCAUAGAAACUUCCAUUAACCAACCAAAAGUAGUAGCACUUGGCAAUAGCAAAAAAGAUGACAGUAAAGCAGUAGAUUCUUCAUCUGAUGAUCCAACCCAUAACAGCAAUCAGAAUAAUAGCAAUUGUUCCUCUCCUUCCCGAAUGUCAGAUUCAGAAUCUCUAAAUACUGACAGUAGCCAAGAAGCAUCAUUGUGUUCUCCAGACAGAGAAAUUACCAUGACUGUCAAUACCAAAAUCAGGGAAGAAGAUGAAAAUUCUAACAGUCUUUUACAAAAUGGAGAAGUAAAUGUUCUGAUAGAAGAAAAAUUGAACUCUCAAGAUAAAAUCACAAAUCUAUCUGAAUUCAGUUUAAAUAUUGAGAAGAAAUUAGCCUUACUAGAGAAAGGUGUUGAACUAAACAAUGCCACUGAUGAGUCUCAUAACUUGCAUCAGAUCAACAGGAAUAUUUGCAAAUUAGCUGAAGAGGGACUACAAUCUAAUGUAGUGAAUCAAAUAAAAUCAACAGAAAUGUCAAUUAAGGACUUGAUAAAUGACCAUAUGAAAGAAGAAAUUGAACAGUUGGAAAAUGAAAAUAAAUAUUCAAAUGUAUGUCCAGUAAAUAGUAUCAAUGGACAUUCUGAAGACAUGCCACACUCUGCAGGAAAGUCAGAGCUAAAGAGAAGUGCCACCAUUGAUACCGAUUCUUCUUCAGAAUUGUGUCUUUCAAAAAGUACUGAAGACUUGUCUCCACAGAGGAGUGGGCCAGUGGUGAAAUCCCAUAGCAUAACUAACAUGGAGACAGGUGCUCUAAAAGUCUAUGAUAUUAUAAAUGACAGUGGAUCCCAGCACGCCAAUCCUGCAAUAAAAUCAGCAGGUAUGGCUGCAGAUGGAAAAAAUAUAGUCCGGAGUAAGUCAGCUACUCUCCUAUAUGAUCAGCCAUUACAAGUGUUUCCUGGAUGUUCAUCAUCCUCUGAUUUAGUAUCUACAAAAACAGCAAUUAAAUUUGAUUUCAAUCAUAAUCCUGAAGAUACCAAUACAGUUAAAGGGCAAGGACCGAAUUCUCCACAACCAUUCGCUACCCCCCAAUAUAAUAUACAAUAUAGCAGCAAUAUUGUACCCAAAGAGUCUUUGUGGCUCCAAAAACAAAAUCCUAUAGCCGAACAAAGUUGUUUGUCCUCUCAGCGCUUACCAAGGCUGGACAGUACAGAGAGCUGUACUUCUGCAAAACAUUCAGCCAAUAUGAAUUUCUCUAACCAUAAUAAUGUUAGAGCUAGUGCUGCCUACAAUAUGCAUCAAAGGAUGGGUGGUAGACAUAUGGAAAUGUGGGCUGUUUCACCAAAUGACAGGCAUCCUUCUAGUGCAACCCGAAAUACUCUUCAGCGACAGAGUAGUGCGUCUUCUGCUGCUUCAGUUAAUGUUGAUUCUGGAUCUUCACGCCGUCCUCUGGUUUCUGAGGGGGAUUAUUUAACGUAUAGGGAUUUGCAUUCAGUGGGAAGAGUCCCACCCAAAUUGUCAGGGCAACAGAGACCUCUUUCUGCAAGAACACAUAGCAUUGAUGGACCAAAUGUAACCCGACCUCAGAGUGCCCGUCCUUCAGCAAAUGAUAUACCAGAGAGAACUAUGUCAGUCAGUGACUUCAAUUACUCAAGGACUAGUCCGUCUAAAAGAACAAAUCCAAGAGUUAAUUCUGAAUACUCUCUGAUGGAUCCUACUGGAAAAAAUAAAGUUCCUCAUGACUGGAGGGAACAAGUACUACGGCACAUAGAGGCCAAAAAGUUAGAAAAGAGCAUGCUGUCACGGUCCUUUAAUUCAAAUUAUGCUCCAGUUAGCAACUUUUACUAUGGCAGCUCUAGGGAUCUGCAUGGCAGCCAGGGCAAUGUUGCUUUGAGUGUUGCAGAUGGAAGAAGUUCUGGUGUACCUGUUCUUCGUCAUCCCCAAACAUCCAAUCCAGUAGAGGAGGAUGUAUUCAUUUCUGGACAGCAGAAUUAUUCAACUGCCACACUUGGUCUGAAAGAGGCUGUUCCAGAUACCAUUAAAAAACUUCCUGUGCAGAUACCUUUGAUGAAUGGGCAGAUGGGUCAUCCUUCAAGACCUCAGCCAAACUAUAGUCAAAUCCAUCAUGCUGGACCUCAAACUUCGGUGGCAAGACACCCUUCCAGAGAACAACUGAUUGAUUAUCUGAUGCUUAAAGUUGCCCAUCAACCUCCCUAUAAUCAGCCUCAAGGUCCAACCAGACAAUGCCAUGAGGUAUCAAAGCAAGAAAUUCGAGUAAGAAUUGAAAAAGAUCCAGAACUUGGAUUUAGUAUAUCAGGAGGAAUUGGGGGUAGAGGAAACCCCUUUAGACCAGAUGAUGAUGGUAUUUUUGUAACUAGAGUACAGCCUGAAGGACCUGCAUCAAAAUUGUUACAGCCAGGAGAUAAAAUUAUUCAGGCUAAUGGAUAUAGCUUCAUCAGUAUUGAUCAUGGGCAAGCAGUAUCUUUGCUAAAGACUUUUCAGAACACAGUGGAACUUACUAUUGUUCGAGAGCUUUCUUAAAUACUGUGGAGAAAGAGGAAAUUCUGUGUAAUUUUUGAAGGACUUGUGGAAAACUUAAUAUUUUGACUAUUUUUGUAUGCAAAACUUUUAAAACUAUGUACAGUAAUAAAAUAAUGAAUUUGUGGUUAUGGGGAAAAACCACUGUAAAGAAUAUAAAUGAAGCAGUUAAGGAAAUGCAUAUGGUAAUUAGAGCUAAAUUGUUUUAUGACAGUGUAGCAAUCAAGGAUCACUCCUCCAAGAACAAACCUGUGGUGUAUUUUGUACAGAUGGUAGGUUUAUUUUGUGGAUAAUUCAUAUACAUUAAAGAACUUUGUGUACAAGGAGCCUCCAUUGUAGCCAGUGGACAGAUGGCAGGGCUUUCUGUCCUAUAGCAGUUUUGUUGCCUUUAAUUUUUCAUUUAUUUUUAGAAUCUUCGUUGAAACCACUUUGGUAGAUAUUGAUAAGAAAUUUUAAAAGUUGGCUUUGCAAUGUGCAUAUUGUAUAGAUGAAUUGGUAGACUGAAAGUGGAGUGAUUGGAUUAAAUUAAAAGGCCAGGUAAAAGUAUGAAAUUAAAAGAAGGGGAGAGGAACUUAAUGGGAGAAUCUUUAUGUACCAAUUGAAAAAAUGCAAUAAAACAUGAAGGGUUUUUUUUUUAAGGCAGAGACAAUAAAUAUACUUACGGAAGUUCUACAGGAUUGAUUCAUAUCAAAUCCAUUGCCUGUCAUAUUCUUACAUGUAAUUUAGUUUUGAGUGUUUUUAAUCUCACUUUUUUAAAAAAAAAAAUUAUGCUAUGGAGUUGUAAAGAUACUCUCAUUACAAAAAUCCCUGGUUUUAUAUAAAAGGAUGAUUUUCUUCUGCCUUGUCUGAAAUGCUCCAUAUUCAAAUUAUUUAUAUAUUUUUUAAAAGAAACUGAAAUGGCCAGUUUUUGCUGUGUUGCCUGUAAUGUAUGAUGAUGCAUAGACACAUUCAGUUUUAACAUAUGCAUGUUCUGAAUAGAAAAGCUGUGCUCUUUUUAAGGAGGCUUAUGAUACUGAGCCAUAUGAAGAUUGGGAUGCCCCAGAAUAAAUGAUUCAGAAAGAACUCUUGAUUUUUGUUGGCCUUCGAUUGCCUUGUGAGACUAAAAGGAAAUAAUACAUAUGGAGCUAUAACCAAAGCCAGGUUAUGUGACAUUGUUGCACAGCAAUAGAAGGUUGUUCCCUAUUGUAAAGGGACAGUAUUUUGGGCCCACGAGCUUGUAUGAUCUUCUUCAAAGGGCUGUUCCUACAGGUGACAUUAAAUGUGAACUAGACACUUCAGAGUCCAUUAAAGGAUUUCUAACUAUAUUAAUGUAAGAGUGAUUUAUUACAAGCUGCCUUUUGUUCAUUAGUUGCAUAAAACAUUGGAUUAUACAUAAUUUUGUUUGUGACAAAUGUUUAUUUUCUUCAUUUUCAUGUUAUAACAGAUGAUAUUGCCUAAUUCACGAUAAUAAGUUAUACAUUGGUAUUAUGCGCCACAGAAAAGUGCCAUAGAAGAAAUAACUGUUUUUAAAAGUGAAUGAUUAACCCAUCAUUGGAAAAAAUAUUCAUUUAACUGAAAUUUUAAUAGAAAUUAAUAGUUUUAAAAAGAAAUCUAGCAAAGUACCAAUCUGUUAAAGAUUUUGCAAAAACAUACUUGAAUGGAAAAUCCACAUUGUUAGCUGACAGUAGUUUUUGAAUACCUAAACUCAAAUGAUAUUGCACUUCACUUACCAACUGAAUAUUGUAAUGCACAUAAUUCUUAAUUUUAAUUGAAAUCCUUUAACAAUUCUUUGUACAUUAACUUUAGUCGAUUUUAUUAAUAUUUACAUAGGCAUUGUUUUUUUAUAUUAGCAGAAAUGUGCUGUAUUUUGGUAAAAUUCACAUUUUCUGUAUGCUGUUAAUCUUUUAAAAAAAUAGCUCUAUGGUGACAAGCUUCAAUGUUGCUAUUUUAUUUACAGUUUAUUCAGUGACCCAUAUUCAUUACUUUUAACUAUUCAAUUUAGUCUUUUAAUAGAGAAUAUAAAAAAAACAAAAAAUCAUGAUUAUGUGAAAUAUAACUUUCAAAGCUGAAUAUGGAUUCAAUUUAUCUUUGCAUACAAGACAUAAGAAUAAAAUAUGUCCAAAUAUAUUGCAUUUUGUAUGAAAUGAGAAAUAUUCCUUAAAUUAGAAAUUCAUUUGAAUAAUUUUUGUAAAAACAUUGCCAAAUUUUUUCAUUGUUUAAAGUAACAGCGCAUUGGUGCUUAUUGUCUGUUUGCAAGGAAAUAAAAUUCUGUUUAAAGUUCUUUUGUGGGGGAAAAACAUUGUCAGAAUAUAUGUUUGGAGAAGGAUUGUUGCGAAAGAAGCUUACCCGAACAGGAAAACAUUUCUUGAAGCCCUGAAUGUUUUUUAUUUUAUAAAAAUAUAUAUCUGGAAAUUUGAUGGAAGAGGUACAGAAUGGAUCAUGUUAUCAAUUCAGGUUUUUUUUUUGUAACAGUUCUUUAAAGAAUCAGUUCAAGCGAAUUUUUUGGAAAAAUUCCCACAUAUUUAUUGUGUAAAUAUUUUUUUUACUAUUUUUGACUGGAGUUUAAAAAUGUGUACAUACUUGAACACAUCUGUGAACACAAUCAUAGCAAUAAGGGACACACAGAACCAAGCCUUUAUCAUUAAUUUGCUGUAUACUACUUUUUAAAAUAACUAUUCCCUUGUCGGCCGCUCUGUAAUGUUUUUAUUGAUCAGCAUUUAUUCAGCAUUCCAGUUUUUUUUGUAUAUAAUUAAAUUGUUUCUGGAUAACACAUGAAAAGAAUAGAUAAUAAACUAAUGCUCUUUAAA